GGCUCCGGCUCUAGCCCCGGCCCUUGGUCACGUUCUCUCCUCCCGGCAUCCGCCUCUCCCAGCCCUUGCUCUUGGACUCGGAGGUUCUCGGCCUUAUGUCGGCCUCACAUCGCUCGUCUGGAUUCAUUUUCUCAGAAAGUCCCUGCUUCAUUCCUCUCCCUGUUCAGCUCUUGGCUCCUGUCUGGAAUUGUAGAAAGAUAAGAUAAAAGAUGUCUCGAAGAUAUGACUCGAGGACCACUAUAUUUUCUCCAGAAGGUCGCUUGUACCAAGUUGAAUAUGCCAUGGAAGCUAUUGGACAUGCAGGCACCUGUUUGGGAAUUUUAGCCAACGAUGGUGUUCUGCUUGCAGCAGAGAGACGCAACAUACACAAGCUUCUUGAUGAAGUCUUUUUUUCUGAAAAAAUUUAUAAACUCAAUGAGGACAUGGCUUGCAGUGUGGCAGGCAUAACUUCAGAUGCAAAUGUUCUGACUAAUGAACUGAGGCUCAUUGCUCAAAGGUAUUUAUUACAGUAUCAGGAACCGAUCCCCUGUGAGCAGUUGGUUACAGCACUGUGUGAUAUCAAACAAGCUUAUACACAGUUUGGAGGAAAACGACCGUUUGGUGUUUCAUUGUUGUACAUUGGCUGGGAUAAGCACUACGGCUUUCAGCUCUAUCAGAGUGAUCCUAGCGGAAAUUAUGGGGGAUGGAAAGCCACAUGCAUUGGAAAUAAUAGCGCUGCAGCUGUGUCGAUGUUAAAACAAGACUACAAAGAAGGAGAAAUGACUUUGAAGUCAGCACUUGCUUUAGCUAUAAAAGUUCUAAAUAAAACCAUGGAUGUUAGUAAACUGUCUGCUGAAAAAGUGGAAAUUGCCACGCUGACAAGAGAGAAUGGGAAGACGGUCAUCAGAGUCCUCAAACAAAAGGAAGUGGAGCAGUUGAUCAAAAAACAUGAGGAAGAAGAAGCUAAAGCUGAACGAGAAAAGAAAGAAAAAGAACAAAAAGAAAAAGAUAAAUAAACAAAAUCAGAUUUUUCUAACUCAUUUGGGAACCAUUUCAGAGUAAAAGUUGUCCUCCUCUUCCACACUGAGAAAGCUUUGACUUUUUUUUAAACUUGUAUAGUGGGAAAAUAGGACAUGACGAACUGAAUUCGGUCCUUGUUGCUGUCCUGUUGAACACUUCAUGGACAUCCUAAUCACCUUCUACCCUUUUUUUGGAAUAAAACUUGGAAAGAAUGGAAAUUGUGAAGGAAACAAUUUUGUAGCAAUAAUUGUUAAAGAUACUAGGAUUAAUAGGGCUAUGAUCUUUCCAUGCUUUAUACUGUGGCAGCCCUUGCAAUUACUUGCAAGUAAGAGUUAAAAUUGACAAAUGUAAACAUCAUAAAAAGAGAAAGAUGGGACUAUGCAGUAAGGAUUUCCUUUGCUGUCAUUCUAUGCCAUCGUGAAGCACCUUCGCACAAUUUAGCAAAACUGAAAACUGUCCUGGCCUCUGAUAGAGUAAUUUGAUGAGGCCUAACCUGGGAAACAAUCACUUUACUGGGUAUUGCAGUCUUUGAUUUUGAUGGGUAUUCAUACUGGAAAGUGGGAGCUGUGCUUACUUGAAACUGUGUGUGUGUGCACAUGCAUACAUGUUACACAUACAUUAAUAAAUCAUGGAAGACAAGUCAAAUGAAAACC